AUGUCUUUGAAGUACACUUUGAACGGCGUAUUCUCUGUCUAUAAACCAAAGGGAUGGACGUCUAGAAAAGCAACUGAUUUUGUGCAGCAUGGUCUUUCCAACGAGUUGUGGACACAUUCAUCACCCAUGCGACAAAGAGACAGGGUCAAAGUUGGCCAUGGCGGUACAUUAGACCCGAUGGCAGAAGGCGUUCUUGUGUUGGGUGUAGGCAAAGGAUGCAAACAGCUGACCAACUAUCUUGAGGGCACCAAGGAAUACAUUGUGGGAGCAAAAUUCGGGCAAUCAACGGAUACAUUUGAUGCAGAAGGCAAAGUGAUUCAAAUAGGUAAAACCGAGCACUUGACUCGCGAGCUGAUUGAGAAAACACUGCCACAAUUCCAAGGCCAUGUUACGCAAGUGCCACCAAUCUAUUCAGCAUUGAAAAUGAAUGGAAAGAAGCUCUAUGAUUAUGCAAGACAAGGUGUACCAUUGCCAAAACCAAUUGAGCCUCGCAAGGUUUUUAUCGACGAGAUUGAGUUGAUUGAUUUGAACAGUGAUCAUACCGAGUGCAAAUUACGUAUCAUUUGCGGAGGAGGUACUUAUAUGAGAAGCAUCGUUCAUGAUAUGGCUAUGAGUAUGGGAACCUAUGCACACAUGACUGCAUUAGAGAGAACACGGCAAGGCCGAUUUACAGUGCAAGAUACAUUGAAACUAGAUGCUACCUUCUCUGUGGAUACUGUCAUGUCCAAGCUGAUGCUGGUGUAA